AUGUAUACCGUCGAUCGUUUGGUAAAUAUCAAUAUUCCAAUACACAAGAACCUAGACAAAUUAGAUGUACCUAAAUCAUACGCCUUCACAAUUGUCACCGCCGCCAGUGCGAAUCAUUUGUGUUCUCUUGAAAAUUUUCUUUAUUCACUUCAGCAUUUUCGAUCGCAACUUACGGCUGAGGAAUACCCUCGAGUCGUGGUGUACAAUAUCGGCAUGAAUCGAACCCAGUUACCUGUCUUGGAUCAGCUCAAAGACAACGGGCUGCUGGACGAAUUAAUCCAUUUCGAUUACACGCAAUAUCCCGAGUUUUGGGACGUUUCUCUCAAUGCGGGUGAAUAUGCCUGGAAAACGGGAAUUGUCCAUGAAGCGAGUCAACGAUAUGAUGGCCUUUUAUUGUGGCUGGAUGCUGGUAAUCUCGUUACUCUGGAUUUUCUAAAGAACAUUCCUUCCAUCAUCCGCGAUAGCGGCGGAUUCUGGUCACCACGAAGUGCUUACACGAUGCGACGUUAUACCCAUCCUGGAUUAUUUCGGCAUUACGGGAUUCAACCUUCGGAAUAUGGCAAGAAGGCCAACUGCAAUGGCGCCGCUAUUGGAUUCGACGUCGAUAACAAAACGGUGGUCGACUCGCUUAUCCUACCAUGGUACAAAUGCGGACUCGAAAAGCGAUGCAUUGCUCCUCCCGGAUCGUCUCGCAAAAACCAUCGUCAAGAUCAGGCAGCAUUGACACUCCUAGUCUAUCGUAGCGGCCACAGCUGCAAAUAUCCAAGCCGGAUGUUUCAUCAAUUACAAAUUCAUCGCGACGUCUCCUGUCGCGCCAAUCUAAUAGAACUUGACAUACAAAACCAACUUUUUCAUCCGUCCUCCAUUGAUUCUCCUCAAUGGACUGAAAACAGUACCAUUGAACUGUCAUACCAUCCCGAAUGGAGAUUCCCUGAAGGACGUCUCACCACCCAGGAAUUACAAUGA